AUGUUGUCCUUAGUUGGCUUAGGGCUUGGCAGCCCCGAUGACGUGACAGUCCGUGGUCGUGAGGUGAUCCGUCGCUCAGACGUCCUAUAUCUUGACGCCUGUACAGCGCUUUUUCCUGGUUGCGAACAGGAGAAUAUGCGUGAGCUAUUCGGAAAGCCUAUCCGACUUGCCGAUCGUUCAUUGAUUGGUCGGGUCAGCAGCCGAGAUGUUGCGCUGUGUUAAGAAAGACGGACAGCGAGUCGCGUUUCUGGUUGUCGGUGACCUACUCUGUGCGACGACACAUACCGACCUUAUCUUAAGGUGCAGGGUGAAGAAGAUUCCAACCGAAGUCGUCCACAAUGCCAGCAUCAUGAACGCGGUCUCGUCCUGUGGUCUUCAGCUCUACAGAUUUGGGGAAGCGGUACUUGAAAAUUAAGACAAACUUUUUGUUGGUAAGUCAUCAAUAUGAAACUCACUCCAACAACAGGCAUCGCUUUCCUUCUGUACUUGCAGAUUAAAACAAACUUUUCGUUGAUAAGCUAACUCGACGUAGUAUGCGUGUAGAUGUAGUUUGAGUAGUACCAACAUUGUUCCAUUAACAUGGCUUUGCAUCAUCAAUAUGAUACUCCAACAGUUUGAUACUCCACCACCAGUUUGCAUCUCACGCCAACAACUGGUAUCCACUCCUUCUGGACCGCUUGAGGGAAGCCGGAGUCUUUCUUCGAUAAGGUCGAGGACAACCGCAAGCGAGGUUGCCAUACAUUGUGUCUCCUAAACAUCCAAGUAAAGGAACGUUCAGAGGAGAAAAUGCUAAAAGGCCGUAUGGACAUCUUCGAGCCUCCACGCUAUAUGUCCAUUCCUCAGCCACUUUCGCAAUUUUCACAAAUAGUAGAUGGGAGACAAGAGGAAGUGGAAGCCGCAUCUUCUAAGGAAACCGAUGAAGUGACCACUAGUAAGGAUGAGGAGGAUCCACCCACUCCAAGUACGACAUCUACAACCUCGGAAGGAGAAGCAGAAGCAGAGAACGAAACUACAAGUGCAACAUCAACCCAAAAGCAUUGGCUUCAGCAAGAAAAUAAUAUUGUUGGUAUCGCGCGCCUUUUUGCUAGUGAUGAAUGCAUUCGUUGCGGCACGGUGAAAGAACUAAUCAAUGCCGAAUUCGGUCCGCCUUUACACGCUUUAGUGAUUCCUGCUGACGACCUUCACGAGUGCGAACAGGAUUACAUUGAUUUUUAC